AUGUGUAUAAGGAUUGAGGCAGAAAAGCGACGUCAUGAUGACAGGAGAGGAUACAUAAGACCUGAAGACCCCCGGUCUUUCUCUAGACAGUACAACGACAGCUACGCCCAAGGUGUGAGGAACAGAGAUAGAGAGAGAGGGCUGCAUUCUCAACGUGACGACCACUCUAGAGAGCAAUCUAUUUUGUCUAGAACAGCCCGGUCUAACACUGGAUAUGCUAGAAGCAGGACUCCAUCAUUCCAAUACAGGGUGGUUGAAAAGAAUAGACAUAGCUAUGUUGCCUCAACACCACACCAGUCAAAGGGGGAGGCGGGUGUGGAUCUCAGAUCUUUACUUCCAGCUCUACCUGAGAAAUCGACCCCACAAAACUCUAGAGCAGAGACCACCCCGACCAGAACAAUAAAAGACCGUCUAGGUGUAUCAUCACUUACUAAAGGAGGAUCGAAUUCAGGAUCAAAGGAGCGUAGAUCGGCCUUGGAACGACUUACAGGACCAAACGCUGUUAACGAUCCUCAGAUGAGAAUAUCACCUAACUUUGAAUCGGGACGCCUCCAGGAAGCCGAGAGCAGAGUAGAAGAAGAGUUGGAGGAUGUUUUGGAUCGUGAGCAGAUAGAGGAACCGAUAUUGGAAGUUGAAAGGAUCCCUGCAUCACAAAGGUUAGGAAGUGUAGGCUCUGGUUCUAAGAGCAGAAGAGGUGUUAUACCGGACUGA